UGAAAGUAACUGGACAAUGGCACUCUCGCCUCAGCAGACAGGAAUGUUUGUAAAUCUAGACAUGUCCAGUAUGACAGAAGAUGUCACUAUGAGCACUGUACUGUUGCGUGAGGAUGAUCCUGGGGAAGCUGCUACUAUGAGCAUGUACUCGGAUUUUCUGCAUUCCUUCCUGAAGCAUACAUCAACUACCAUUUUUGAUCUUGUGGAUGAGUAUGAAAGUAUUUGUAACAGUCAGGUGAAUAUACUAGGAAAAAUAGUUUAUCGGGCGACUCCUGGACAGCAAAAGUUUUCAAAAACUGCCAGUGUCUUGUGGCUUCUCAAGCAGGAGAUGGUAACUUGGAGACUGUUGUCCUCGCUUUAUAGAGACAGAAUACAGUCUGCACUGGAGGAUGAAACGGCAUUUGAUAUCCCAGUUUUAACUGCUAGUGAAAAGACAAAUGUAGACAACUUGUUUCAGAAAGAUUCACUUGUUCGUCAAAGCCAGCUGGUGGUAGAUUGGCUAGAGAGCAUUGCCAAGGAUGAAAUUGGGGACUUCUCCGAUAAUAUUGAGUUUUAUGCAAAAUCUGUAUAUUGGGAGAACACACUACAUAUCCUGAAGCAGCGACAGUUAAGUACGUACAUUGGAAGUUCUCGACCUCUGGUAACAGAGUUGGAUCCAGAUGCUCCUAUAAGACAGAAACUGCCACUUGAUGAUUUGGACCGAGAAGAUGAUGUGAGGUUAUUGAAGUAUCUCUUCACGCUCAUCAGAGGAAUGACAGAUGAGGCACAGCGCUUAUGCAAAAGAUGUGGUCAGGCCUGGAGAGCUGCAACUUUGGAAGGAUGGAAAUUAUAUCAUGAUCCUAACAUAAAUGGAGGAAAAGAGUUGGAGCCUGUUCAAGGGAAUCCAUACAGGUGUAUUUGGAAAAUAAGUUGUUGGCGUAUGGCCGAAGAGGAGCAGUUUAAUAGAUAUGAGAGAGCAAUCUAUGCAGCACUGAGUGGAAACCUCAAACAGCUUCUUCCAGUUUGUGAUACCUGGGAAGAUACUGUUUGGGCAUAUUUCAGGGUCAUGGUGGACACUCUUGUUGAGCAGGAAAUACGAACUUCAGUAAUAACCACAGAGGAGAUGGAAGAGCUCCCUAGAGAUUAUUUAGAAACAAACUGGACUUCAGAAAAAGUUUUUGAAGAACUUCAGGCAACAGACAAAAAGAGGGUUAUAGAGGAGAAUCAAGAACACUAUCAUGUGAUUCAGAAAUUCAUUAUACUGGGAGAUGUGGAUGGUUUGAUGGAAGAAUUCAGCAGAUGGCUUUCCAAAGACAGAGGUGUGCUCCCAGGACACCUCCUUCGUUUCAUGACGCAUCUUAUUCUGUUUUUCCGUACUUUGGGUCUGCAGACUAAGGAGGAAGUUUCUGUUGAAGUCCUAAAGACCUACAUUCAGCGGAUGAUAUCUGAGAAGCACACAGAUUUAAUAGCAUUUUAUGUUAGCCACUUGCCCCCAGAGCUAGCUGUUGCUCAGUAUGCUUCAUUUCUCGAAGAUGUUACUGAAAGUGAUCAACGCCACCACUGCCUUGAAUUAGCAAAAGAUGCAGGUCUGGAUGUUGCAACCAUAACAAAAACUGUCGUUGAAAACAUCCGCAAGAAGGAUGCUGGUGAAUUCAGUCACCAUGACCAUAUGUUAGAUACAGGCACAACGGAGGCGGAUCGGCUGAAAAUAGAUGUAAUUGACUGGCUCGUAUUUGAUCCUGCACAGAGGGCGGAAGCACUUAAGCAAAGCAAUGCAAUCAUGAGGAAGUUCUUGGCAUCUAAGAAACAUGAAGCUGCAGAAGAUGUGUUUGUGAAGAUUCCCCAAGACUCUAUAGCAGAAAUAUAUAACCAAUGGGAAGAACAGGGAAUGGAUACUCCACUUCCAGCUGAAGAUGACAAUGCUAUACGGGAACAUUUAUGUAUUCGGGCAUAUUUGGAAGCCCACGAAACUUUUAACGAAUGGUUUAAACACAUGAACUCGGCUCCACAGAAGCCUUCUUUGUUACCACAAGCAAGUUUCACUGAAAAAGUGGCCCAUGAACAUAAAGAAAAGAAGUAUGAGAUGGACUAUGGUAUUUGGAAAAGCCUCUUGGAUGCUCUUACAGCUGAUGUGAAAGAGAAAAUGUACAAUGUGUUGCUAUUUGUUGAUGGAGGAUGGAUGGUUGAUGUUAGAGAGGAUGCCGAGGAUGACCCUGAACGAACACAUCAGAUGAUUUUGUUGCGAAAGCUGUGUUUGCCAAUGAUGUGCUUUUUACUGCACACAGUGUUGCAUAGUACUGGACAGUACCAGGAGUGCCUACGACUGGCUGACAUGGUUGCUUCUGAGCGACACAAGCUUUAUAUGGUAUUUUCAAAAGAAGAACUCCGAAAGCUUCUACAGAAGCUGAGGGAAUCAUCACUGAUGCUUCUGGACCAGGAUCUUGAUCCUUUGGGAUAUGAAAGUCAGUCAUAGGAUUUCAUGUAGAUACGUGCAAGAACUUCUGAACAUGGACAUUCUGAUUAUAAAAAAAAAAAACAAAA